AUGAAAUGUGCUGGGGCGCUGCGCUGGAGCGCUGGGGCGCUGGGGCGCUGGAGCGCUGGGGCGCUGGAGCGCUGGGGCGCUGGAGCGCUGGGGCGCUGGAGCGCUGGGGCGCUGGAGCGCUGGGGCGCUGGAGCGCUGGGGCGCUGGAGCGCUGGGGCGCUGGAGCGCUGGGGGCUGGAGCGCUGGGGCGCUGGAGCGCUGGGGCGCUGGAGCACUGGGGCGCUGGGGCGCUGGGGCGCUGGGGCGCUGGAGCGGCGUGGAGGGGCACUGGGGGUGCAGCGCUGGGGCGCUGGAGCGCUGGGGCGCUGGGGCGCUGGGGCGCUGGAGCGGCGUGGAGGGGCGCUGGGGCGCUGGGGCGCUGGAGCGCUGGGGCGCUGGAGCACUGGGGCGCUGGGGCGCUGGGGCGCUGGGGAGCGCUGA